CAAAAGGCCAGGCGCCGGCGGCCAUAUUGAUAAAGGGCGUCUGGAAAAUGUGGGGAAACUCAGCGAGCGAAUGUCCACCUCAUUAUUCUGAUUGGUUCUGGUGCGGUACAGGGGCGGGGUGUAGCUAUUUCACACAUUUUGAUUGGGUAUAUGAGGGGGCGUGUUGGGGAAUUCCCGACAGGGCGGAAGUGCUGGAGCUCACGGCAGAGACCAGCUACGAGUAGGCGACCACAGGGGGCCACCCAAGGUGGCAGGGGCCAUGGCCGGGGUCGCGUGCUUGGGAAAAACUGCGGACGCCGAUGAAUGGUGUGACAGCGGCCUGGGCUCUCUAGGUCCCGACGCAGCGGCUCCGGGAGGACCAGGUCUGAGCGCGGAGCUUGGCCCAGAGCUGUCUUGGGCGCCCUUAGUCUUUGGCUACGUCACUGAGGAUGGGGACACAGCCCUGCACUUGGCCGUCAUACAUCAGCAUGAGCCCUUCCUGGAUUUCCUCCUGGGCUUCUCUGCAGGCACUGAGUACCUGGACCUGCAGAAUGACCUAGGCCAAACAGCCCUGCACCUAGCAGCCAUCCUUGGGGAAGCAUCUGCAGUAGAGAAGUUGUAUGCAGCUGGCGCAGGAGUGCUGGUAGCUGAGAGAGGGGGCCACACAGCAUUGCACUUGGCCUGCCGUGUGAGGGCACACAAGUGUGCAUGCGUACUGCUCCAGCCCCGUCCCAGCCACCCAAGAGAUGCCUCAGAUACCUACCUCACUCAGAGCCAGGACCAUACCCCAGACACCAGCCACGCCCCUGUUGCCAUGGACCCCCAACCCAACCCAGAGAAUGAAGAGGAGGAAGAGGGGCCACAUGACGAAGACUGGAGACUGCAGCUAGAAGCUGAAAACUAUGAUGGCCACACCCCACUCCAUGUUGCUGUCAUCCACAAAGAUGCAGAGAUGGUCCGGCUGCUCAGGGAUGCUGGGGCAGACCUCAAUAAACCGGAGCCCACGUGUGGCCGGACCCCUCUGCACCUGGCAGUAGAAGCCCAGACAGCCAGCGUGCUGGAGCUUCUCCUGAAAGCUGGUGCUGACCCCACUGCCCGCAUGUACGGGGGCCGCACCCCACUUGGCAGUGCCCUGCUCCGACCCAACCCCGUCCUUGCCCGCCUCCUCCGUGCCCAUGGGGCUCCUGAACCUGAUGACCAGGACGAUAAGCUUAGCCCUUGCAGCAGCAGCGGCAGCAGCGGCAGCGACAGCGACAGUGACAACAGAGAUGAGGGCGAUGAAUAUGAUGACAUCGUGGUUCACAGUGGCAGGAGCCAAAACCAGCUACCUCCUCCUUCCCAGGCAUCCAAACCUCUUCCUGAUGACCCCAACCCUGCCUGACUUAAGUUCUAAUAUUAAUAUAGUUUCCAGUUUAAUAAAAUCUCAGACCCGACAGCCAGA